UCUAUCCUGAGACCAUGAAUGAUGCAGAACACACUCACGUAUCUCUACAAGAAAAAAAAAUUAAAUAAUAGCUUCCGGCUACAGAAACAGGUCUGUCUCUUUAAGUAACAUGACACACUCGGAAAGUGAAAGUUGAAUUAGUUCUUGGGAAACUACCUCCACACAGUUUUUGUUUCUGCUUCACAGAAUCCACACCAACACACAAAAUGGCGUCCAGCUUCAGCCUCUUAUCGGAGGAUCAGCUUCUGUGUCCGAUCUGCCUGGACACGUUCACUCAACCAGUCUCCACACCAUGUGGACACAACUUCUGCCUAUCCUGUCUCUCAUCCUACUGGGACAACGAACGUGUCUGUCAGUGCCCGGUCUGUAAGGACAUGUUCGAGAGGAGACCCGAUCUCAAGGUCAACACCUUCAUCUCAGGGCUUGCGUCGCAGUUCAGGUUGCUUCAGGUCACAAAUGCUAACAGCUGGAGCCCGGGCCCAUUGAAGAAUAGCGCUGAAUGUGCGGUGCUGUGUGAUGUUUGUGCUGACGCCCAGCAACAGGCUGUCAAGUCCUGCUUUGAGUGUCUGACUUCGUACUGCAGCGUUCAUCUGGAGCCUCAUCACCGAGCUGCCGGACUGAAGCGACACACACUGGUCGACCCUCUUGAGAACCUGCAGGACAGGCUCUGCAAGGAGCAUAACCACACUCUUAGAUUGUUUUGUUUAAGCGAUCAAGUGCUGCUGUGUGACAUCUGCUUUCGUUCUCAGCACAUGAACCAUGAUGUUGUUCCUGUGCAGCAGGCAUACGGAGAGAUGAGGGAGCUGCUGGGAGACACAGAGGCCAGAGUGCAGCAGAUGAUCCAGGAAAGGAAACAGAAGCUGGAAGCAAUGAAGGAGUCGGUGAAAGGAAGCAAGAGAGAAACCAGUGAGGUGACAGCUGAGUGCGUGCGGGAGUUAACGGCGCUGGUGUCUGAGGUUCAGAGGAGCCAGACGGAGCUCGUGAAAGUGAUGGAGGAGAAGCAGAAAGCAGCAGAAGAACGAGCGGGUGUUUUUAUUGUCGUUUUGGAGCAGGAGCUCGCUGAGCUGCAGAGGACGAAGAUGAGGCUGAUGGACAUAAAACAGACUGAAGACCAGCUCUGUUUCCUCCAAACCUUCCCAGAAUCCGUCCUCCUACCACAGACUACGGACCUGUCCUCGUUCAGCUUCAGCAGACACAUGGAGCUACGGCACGUGCAGAAAUGUCUGAGCAGCUCCGUGUCUCACCUGCGAACGUUGCUGAAGAAAAUGAUGACGGAAACCACAAGGCUAGCUGCGUUCCACGAUGUCACGCUGAGGGACCUGCAGCAGUAUGAAGUGAACGUUCUGCUCGACCCCGACACAGCUCACCCCCUGCUCGUCUUGUCCGACGAUGGCAAACAGGUGAGAUUUCACCGUGGCUCGGGUCGGCUGAACGUCCUGGACCUGAGGCCGAGCUCGUUCUCGACGCAUCUCGCAGUUCUGGGACGAACAGGCUUUUGGUCUCAAAGGUUUUACUUCGAGGUGCUCGUGAGUCAGAAGACAGAGUGGUGUCUGGGUGUGGCCACGGCAUCGAUCCAGAGGAGACGGGUACUCACUCGGGGUCCUGACUCUGGACUGUGGGCCAUCUGGUUUCUGGAAGACAGGUUUGAAACCUUCAGUUCUCCCGGUGUGACGGUAUACCCGGUGAAAGUAGAGAGGGUGGGCGUGUUCGUGGAUUACGACAAAGGUCAAAUAUCGUUCUAUGACGUACAGACCGCGACACUUAUCCACUCAUUUAGUGACUGUCUCUUCACCGAGGAGCUUUAUCCAUAUUUGAACCCCUGUGAUAAUGAAUAUGGUUCAAACUUGGAUCCGAUGGUCAUCGUCCCUGUCACUCGUUCGGAGGCCUCACGGACACCACAAUUUGUGGGUUAAUUUUUCAAAAGAUUUCAAAAGCACCUUGUAUGAAAUGAAGACAUUUUGUCUUGUCAAGCAUCUUUAAAUUUCUGUUUGCAUUUUGUUUAGAUCCUUAAAUCCUAAUAUUUCCCCAUUGAGCGUGUGUGUGUGUGUGUGUGCGUGUGUGUGUGUGUGUGUGUGUGUGUGUGUGUGUGUAGUGAACUGAUAUUUUUUACAAACUUUAAUCCAAUCAAGCAGCAGCAAAUUACACACUAAUAGAUAUCUAGAAAUAACUUGAUGAUUUUUUUUCAUCUAGAUCUAUGAAAUGUUUCCCAGGAAAACUGUGAAAAUGUCAAUAUCACACAAUGUUAAAGAAAGAUUACUGGUUCGAUCCCUGAACCGGAUCCAUAUCAAAAUGUGAUGAUGCACAGCCCAUCACACUAUGAUUCAACAACUCAUUGAAUCAGUUGAGAUGAGUGAUGAGGAAACAACAAUGACCUGAAUCUAAAAGUAGCUUUAACAGCCCUAAAAUGUAAAAGCAAACACUACUCUUUAUGUUUGCAGCUAAGUUCAAUGUGAACUCGUAUUCAGGCAAAUAUCUGUAGUGAGACACGACACUAAAAUAUCCGUGUUAUAUUUAAAUCCCACUAGUUUCAUGUUCUCAAACUCCUUUUUUUCUUUGUUGGACUCAUAUUCCCUUGUUCCUCUUUUUUUGUUUUGUUUUUGCAAUGCUUUGCGUUUCCUGAGAUAUACAUUUGCAUUUUGAAGUGUGGACCUUUUCCAUGGCCUGAGACAGCUGCCUAAGGAGUUUUUUUUUUCUUGUUAGAUUUACCUAAUGGACAUUUAAUAAGUGGACAUUCAAUAUUUUCUGUGACCUUAAGUUUGGGAGAGUGUUCUUAAUAAAUUGGUGUGUUGUCAUA